GGUUUCAGAUCUAGUAAAUUGGGACAUCUCCAGCUGUCUCAAGUGUCUUGAAAGAAGUGGUAGAGGUUGAUUUCUGACUGGGCAAAUGGAACGUUCACCAUCGCAGUUUGACCCACCACAGCUGCUGUAGUUAGAAGAAGAUUAAUGUUUUUUGACGUGGAGUAUUUCCGCAAAAACUGGAUUGAGAAGCGACAUGUAAUUUAGCCUUUUAUCCGUUUUAGCUAGCUAGAUUGAGACAUAUUUUAGGGUCCCAGGUAGACCAUUUUUGUUCGCCCCCUCAUAAAACAGAACAUCAUGAUUAAAGCCAUACUAAUAUUCAACAACCACGGAAAACCUCGGCUUUCUAAAUUCUACGAGCAUUACAGUGAAGACACAGAACAACAAAUCAUCAGAGAAACAUUUCAUCUGGUAUCCAAAAGAGAUGAGAACGUCUGCAAUUUCCUAGAAGGUGGAAUGUUGAUAGGUGGGUCGGAGAACAAGCUCAUCUACAGACACUAUGCCACGCUCUACUUCGUAUUCUGCGUCGAUUCCUCUGAGAGUGAGCUUGGCAUCCUAGACCUUAUCCAGGUGUUUGUGGAAACGCUGGACAAAUGCUUUGAGAAUGUCUGUGAACUUGACUUAAUUUUCCACGUGGACAAGGUACACAAUAUACUGGCAGAGAUGGUGAUGGGAGGGAUGGUGCUGGAGACCAACAUGAAUGAGAUCAUCACACAGGUGGACGCCCAAACCAAAAUGGAGAAAUCGGAGUUCUUUCCAUUCUUCUCUCUUUACAGACAUUUAUCUUUCAGUCUCCCAGACAGGACAGGUAGACACAGUCCUCAAGAAUUUGGCUGGGAUUGCAGGUGCACCUGCUCGUGCUGUAUCUGCCGUAAAGAACAUGAACCUCCCCGAAAUGCCCAGAAACAUCAACAUUGGAGACAUCAGCAUAAAAGUGCCAAACUUACCCUCCUUCAAAUAGCGGCAAGACCCACUGUGCAGAAGUUGACCAAUGUUUACGAUGCAAUUUGUUUACCAAAAUCAAAACAAAGAUCAUGAAGGUACUGUGUGAAUUCCUUUGGCGUUAACUCUUUUUUUUGUUUCCUUGUUUUAAAUGAAUGUCAUUGAUGUGGCUUGUUUGAGAAAAUUAAUUAUUUAUUUAUUACAUUCCUCUACCCUCACUGGAGGUGUGCCCUUAUGUCUUGGCUGCUACAGUAUUUGAAAAUCAUACCUUAGUAGUGGUUUGUAAAACAAACUGAACAGAAUAUUCUUAUAUACAAUAUGAUGGUUAUUCUGAAAUUGUGUAUUUUUUUCUUGUCUGUAUACAGUGUUUUAAAUGAUCUUGUCUUAUCAAAUCAUUUUCUCUUGAUUUUAAUCAGUGUUUGAGAGUUUUUUUUCUCCUUUUUGCAACUCAAUAAAGUAUUGAAUCAUU